AGAGUGCAUCCCGUCAUCUACUAAUGCUCCUGAAGGAAAUCUGCAUCAAGAGCUGAGGACUACAUGUAAACAUCUGUUAUUGUGAAUAAGCUUAAUCAGGACAGUGCUAAAUUAAGAAAAAGAAAUUGUUAAAAUGAUUGAUAUCUGGCAGGGGUGAGUGAGCAGAAGUGUAUGAGCGUCUAUUUUUAAUUAAGCUAACGCACAACUACUGCACUGAACUUCUAGGAAAAGAGAAGCACGGAGAAGGAAGCUGAAUGGUUUUACUUCCCCACACAUUUUAGUUGAACUACUAACAAGAAGAUGGUUGAGAAUGCACAUUUCACUGCAUGAAGAGGGCAUAUACAUGUCAGUAAAGGAGGACAUCGAGAAAACAAGCUUCUUUUGAAGAACACACAUGCACACACUAUUAAAGUGUGGACUACCAGUAAAACUGAUCAAAACCCUUGCAGAGAACUUGAUUUCUUCAUCUCUCAUCCGCUUCAUCAUGACGCUGCUUCUUCAUGUGCUGAUGCUGUCGCUUCUCUCCGCCGGUUCAGCCAGAGUCGUGCGCGAUUUUGAGACAGAAUGUGGCCAAUUCUUUGCAAAUGAAAGAUCACCCACAAGAUUUCCCGGACAACAGUACAGGCAGCUCUGCCAAAUGCACAGUUAUGUUGAUUAUUAUGCCACAUUUUAUGACACGUUUAACAAGACCCCUGUGUACUCAGCCUACAGGUUUGAAGGGAUAAAGCACUGUAGAAGACACACUAGUUGGUACAUUGAACCUCAAAUUGAUGAUAAUAAUGGAGGACCAAACGUGGCAUCUGAGGGGUCUGUGGAUAUACUAGUGCGCGGAGCCCGUCAAGCUCUGAAUAGAGAUUAUUACCGCUCUGGAUACCACAAAGGUCAUCUGGCACCGGUCUACCUGGCAAACUCACAGAGAUGUGCUCGUGCCACCUUCACGCUCACCAACGCUGCUCCACAAGCCCCUUACUUUAACAGUGUUUGGUGGUGGGAUGUAGAAAAAUCACUGGCAGAAUAUCUAGAAAGGGGAUGUUAUUUGCAACCAGUCUACAUUGUGACAGGGGUGGUGCCAGGCACUCGUUACUUAAACAACAGAGUGAACGUGCCUAGUCAUUUCUGGACCGCAUACUGCUGCUUAGACCAGAAUAACAGAUGCUCGGACUCCUGGGGAGUCAUUGGAACCAAUGACGAUAACUCCACUAUUGAGAGAAUGAGUGUGUCUGAUUUAGAGGAAGAGUUGGAAAACCUGUAUGGAGCAACAUUUCAGGUGUUUCAAUAAUAAUGACUAAAGCAGACAUGGGUUACAUAAAGAUAACGCCUCACCGAGCCAUUGCAAACAUUUUUUAGGGAACCUAUUUUAAGUGAUGUUUUAUGCAGAUUAUUAUAAUUUCAUUACACUUAUAAUCACUGUAAUAUUUCCUGUCAGAAUUAUAAAACAAUAAUCAUUUCCAAUACUUAUAAUUCUGCAAACCUUUGUGCUGGAUGUCACAGCUGAUCUACAGGCAGACCUUGUUUAAUUUUGAAGUUGUUUCAACAAAUUUUAAGUGUGAGGGAAUCUAUAUUGAAUUAUAUGUUGCAUUUCUUAAUCAGAAUGACAAUUAUCUGUAAAAUUAUAAUGAACAUGAUUUGAUUGUAACGUUUAUCAUUAUAAAGUCUGAACUGUAAAACUAUUAACCUCUAAUACCUCUAUGAAAAAUCAUUAAUACUGCAGACCUUGUACUGGAUGCUUGUAGAAAUAAAAUACAUGUGCAUUUGCGCUUGAUUACA